CUGAAGAACUCGGUUUGCGCCAGCCAGCCAGCCGCUGAGAUAGGACACGAAUCGCAGGAUGGCUCCUACUCCCGUUAUCAAUGUACGUCCGCAGUCACGUAUUGGAGACAGGCGAGGGACUGCGUGCGUGGAAGGACAAAGAUGGUGUUGAAGCUGCCAGGGUUGUUGUGCUUACUCGGCCAUCUGCUGUUCUUCAGCCCCUGCGUAAAAGGAUCGCUUACCUCAGCCUGCCCCGACGCCACCGGGCAGGAGGGCGCGCUCGCCAUGGGCCAAGACAACGCGGCGUGGUUCCGACCGAAAGCAGGCGGCAAAGGGAGGGAUUUCACUCUGCAGUUCAAGCAAGGCCAAGAAACACGCUACGAACUCCAGCUCAAGAAGAGGUCCAACUUCCUGAGAGUUUUACUGACGGAACGGAAGGGCGGCCAGCAAACGAAUAUUUUUGAUAUGGCUCGAAUACCUGAGGAUUAUUUUGCAGAGGAUUCCUGGGCCUCCUUCCGUAUGAGCGAAGAGGAGGUCAGACUCGCCCUCAGGAAAAACGACUUGGAGGGCAUGGAGACCAGGUUGUGGGGGCUGCAGAUGGAGUCAGUGGAUGAGGUUGUAACAGGAAGCGACGUUUUGGCUUGGACUAAAUGCUCCCCGCCCGCCACCACAGCGUCGUCCACUUCCUCGGGCACUGAGGCUUGGACGGGCACCUCGCCGCCGGACGAAGGCACCACGGGCGUCGAGGGGGGCGAGGGGGGCGAGGGCGGGAGCUCGGACGACCCAGUUCUGCUCGAGGCGGCCGAGGACGCCGCGUUCGGUCGGCGGUGCAUCGGAGGAGCGCCUCUGUGGGCGUGGAUAUGCGCGUGUCUGCUGGGGCUUCUUGUGAUCCUGCUGCUGGUCCUGGCCGUGUACGUGGUCGUCCUCAGCGGCCAGAACAAGAGGCUGAAGGCGAGGCUGGCGAAGCAGGGGCCCGCCAGCCGCCUGGCGCCGUCGGCGAGCGCGGGGCUAGGCGUGCAGACGAGCGAGGUGGAGUUCUACCAGGUGCGCAACCCGAGCCUCAUGGUCGCCGCCGGAACCCUGUCCGGCAGCCACUCCACCCCGCGCUUCCCCGGCGGCCACCACGCCGUGUACACGCCCGCCUCGCAGGCCUCCAAGGGCCGCGGCUCGUCCUCCACGCCCAGACUCUCGGCUUUCAGGAGAUCCAUGUCCCAGCCGGCCCCCACUGAGGCUGGCCACCGCGACCCGCCCACUUUCGAGUUCCCAGUCCCGCCUGCGACGCCCCCGCCCGGCUCCUCCGCCGACGAGGGCGAGGCCGAAGACUACGUGAACGCCGAGACCCUCAUGAUCGACGACUCGCAGCGCCGAGGCCAGGCGGGGCACGCCGAGCCCUUCCCCAGGAGCGUGGACAGCCUCCUCCGGGAACUGCAGUUCGAGUGAGAGCCGAAGUUCAGCCUCGUGAAGUCACUGCACAAUGGCGAGAAAGAUCUACGUCACGUCGGAGAGUAACGUCAUCCAUUGGGUAUUGCUGAGACAUGCCUUACGCCACGAAACUCGGAAAGUAACGUCACUAAAUGAAUCCAGAUAAGACUUAUCUUACGUCACGAAGCACGGAGAGCGACGCCGCCGAAUGGAUACUAACGGGAUAUGUCUCUCAUGACGCGAAGCUCUCGGAGUAACGUCACCUACUCCUCCAGACUGCAACAUUACCUCAAAUGCAACAAGACCCAAAACAUCACAGCGGGGAGCACGUGACGUCAGCGUGUGGACUGAAAUAGCCAAUCAUCGGAAUAGACUAAUGGUAACCGUAAA